GAGAUUAUGUACACUAAAAUGGCGGCGGGCUUACAUUGUGGUAUUUAAAACAGUGGCAUGUAAACACGACCAACUGCACAAAGUGUUGUUUUCAUAUACUGAUUGGAGUUGACGGUCAGAGCUAGGGGGGUAUGGCAUACACGGCGGCAGUUCCCCGUGUCUCCGCGGGACCUAAGAGGUUCCCUAACCUCCCCAUAAUUCAACACCCUAUGUCCAGAAUGAGUAAUCAGGAGGAACUAGCAAUUCUUGGAUCCGCCAGUGGACUUCGUUCUGGCAAGAUGUCGCUUCAGUUCCAGCAUUCUGGGACUGGUGAUCCGUCAUCCAAUAACACAGUCAGGGCGAGCGCCCCGGAGCGGAUCCUUCAGUGGCCGCCAGCGACUGAAUUCUUUCCCCCAUUUAAAUACCGUCAUUCAGCGACAGAGAGAAUGGGACUCAUGAGAAAAAAAUCCUUCCACAAGAAAAAGAAACCCUUAAUUCUGCCACAGAUUGAGACUAAGAGAAAACCGUCAACUCAGGGUUCAGGGCACUGUGCAGAGGUUGUAAAACUUCCUCCGUUGAACCUUGUGCUAGACGCCAUCACUGAAGAAGAGACAGGUUUCUGCUGUGUGAAAUAUACAUCAGCUGAUAACGAGCUGCUCUUAUUAAUCAGCUUUCAUCAAAUUCAUGGCAACAAAUGUUCCCAGUUUACAAAUCCUCGCCGAUCUGAAAAGGGUUCAUUUGAGAAGUACAGCCAGGGACCACACAAGACACGAGGACGACAGGAUGUAACAUCCGCCACCCCACGCACCAGCGAGGAGGUAACAGAAAAGGUUAAAGACCGACUGACCACUGGAUACUAUGGACUGCGACACAUGUUCAAGGCCAACGACCCCACAGGGAAAGGGGUUGUGUCAAGAGAGGCCUUGCUGAGAAUUCUAUACAGUUUGGUGGGGUAUAUUACACAGGAACAGUACAGUAAAUUCUUAAAAGGGAAUAGCUUGGAUGGAAAGGAUCACAUUUCAUUUGACAGUUUUGUGGCUUGUUUUAAAGAUAAUGAGACUGUACAAAAGGAGUGGGUGAGUCCAUCAAUGAAACUCGAGAUGGACAAGACUCGACACUACCCCGAAGCUGAACUGAGACGAACAGACGUCAUCGUAACCGACCCCUUCCUGUCCGCACCUUACGCAGAUACACUGUUUAGAGAAAAAAUAUGCAAUAUAGAGGAUGCACGACAGAUUUUCCCUCCGGCAUGUUUCCAGGCCAACGGGAGGAUUGUACCCCCACAGCUCAGGGAGGCACACGCUCAGCUGGGAAUCUUCAUGAAGGAUGCAGACUUUAUGUCACUAUGGCAACGAUAUGACAAGGAGGGCUUAGGAGCCAUAAGAACCAGUUUAUUUCUGAAGAGAGCUGGCAUCGAUACUCGACCAAAAACCUACUCACAUCGCAGCAAGACGGUUGUAGAACUCAAGAUCAGACCUAAAUCUGAGGCCAAUGUCGCCCCCUCCAAACAGGAAGUGGACACUAAACAGGAAAUGAAUACAACAACACAGAACGAGACAGAAGUCAACACAGAUAAAGCAACAGAAAAAAUAGAAGGCAAAGAAAAAGUGGCAGAUACCAGUAAAGACACGGGGGCACCAGACAAGAAUGAGGAUAUCAAAAUCAACAUCAGUCGUAAGAAGAAGGUUCAGCCGAAACUGGAGAACAUCAUAGACUGCCUCCAUUACAGGUUUGAGGAGUCGUACAAUGCGAUGUUGGCUGCCUUUGAUCUUUUUGAUUACUUGAGUGAUGGCUACAUUGCAAGAGUAGACUUUCGCCGAGUUCUGCAGGAGUUUGGUCUUAAUAUCUCAGUUACUGACCUUGAUAAUUUCUUAGCAGGACAUGGUGUAAGAACAAUUCGAGGUCAGGUCAACUACAAAGAGUUCCUGAACAAAUUCCAGAGUAAAUCUGAAAACAGCAUCACUAAUAAAGUGGCCACCAGUCAACAAUUCCAGGAUAACAAAUUGCCCUCAUGGCCCCUUCCAAAAAACACCUUAACCUCCGAACAACUUGAUAUCCGAUUGGUCGAUUUACUGCAUGGGGAUUUCCUCAAACUUAUAGGCUAUUUCAAGUCCUGUGAUAAGUAUGGCCUGGGUGUUAUAACACCACAUGAGUUUCGUAGUGGUAUAGAGAAACGUCUGGGAUACCCUAUGUCUGAGAAACAAUGGGAACAACUCAAGACUGACGUGGGACAGGACAGUGAUGGACUGAUUCCUUACAAUAAAUUCCUCCAGAUGUUUGACGUUCCACCUGGAUCCUGGAACAGACGACAGGAAGGAGGACUAGAUGUAUACCAGGUGAUACCCACCACAAUGGUCCACUCGUCUGCUGUCGAUAGACUCAAAGAGAAAGCCAAGACAUUCAUGCAUCCCCAAACAGAAGUAGAGGGUCUGCCACCCCAGGACAAUGUUAGAACAAUAGCUGAUGUGAUGAAGAUAUUAGAAGAUCUUUUCCGCAAUAGAUUCCACACAUUUGACAAGCACUUCCAGGAUAUGGAUCGUCGAAAGACGGGCAGAAUGAGCAAGUGGCAGUUUGGGGCUCUCCUACGAUUGUCAGGAGUAAACCUAACAAACUCUGAACUUGACAGAGUGUGGGCCAGACUGAACAUUUCUGCUGAUGGAAUGUACAGCUACAAGUCGUUAAUCAAGGCAUUUGCUCAGAACAGGGCCAGUCAGGACAUGAAACGUGACCAAACUGAUGUAAGUGACACGAGGGAAUUAAUAGAAACGGCCAAGAGAGUCCAGAGAGAAAGACGAGAGAAGACCAUGUCAUCUCUACAGCACAACACCACCACCGUUACGACUAAUAAUGGGGAACAGACCACCAGCAAAACUACCACUAAAACUACCGAGGUGGUGUCUGCUGCAGAGACCACCACAAAAACCAUGAAAGUUAAUGGUGUGGUACAAGAUAAGCCGCCACAGACUGCACUGUCCAAUAAAAGCCAGAAAACUCGAGAUCUACUGAACAAAAUAAAGACUCAGGUGAUCGGGAAUUGGGAAGGAUUAAAGACCGUCUUCAAAUUUAUUGACAAAAAUGGUAGUUCUACAAUAUCAAUAUCGGACAUGAAGGAAAUUUUAAACACCAUGAAGUUUCCGUUGUCUGAGGAAGAGAAGCGAGAGCUCUGUCAACGAUUUGACAUACAACGAAAUGGGAGAUUUCAUUAUUUGGAGUUUAUGAAGUGUUACUCUCAAAAUCCUCCUAAUCCAACAAAAUCCCAGGUGUACAGCAAACACACACACAAGCUGGAAAGAAAGCAGCGUGAUAUUCAGUCAGCCACGGUAGGAUCGGUAAUCAGUAAUAUACACCACAAGUUGAUGGCCGAGCACAGAAACUUGCGUCGAGCGUUUCGUAGGUUGGAUGUUCACCGGCAGGGAUUGCUGGGAGUUUCUGACUUCCGUCGCGCGUUGACAGGAUGUAAUAUACAUGUAUCUAAUGAAGACUUUUACCACAUCCUCAGUGAAUUCGACCAAGAUAUGAGAGGACUCGUGUCGUACACAGACUUCCUGUCUACCUUCAUGGACAAUUUGUAAAUAAUAUUCUUCCUUAAAAGACUAAUAAGUUGAAAGUGAAAAAGAUCAAUAAUAGUUUAUAUUAUAUUGUUAGACAUUCUCCUUAUUCACCUAUCUGUGAUACUAGAACUGUUAUUAAUGAUGGAAUGCCUGAAUGUUUAUUAAUGUGUGUCUCAAUUAAACAAUGUUUAGUAAUUAACAUAUAUUCCUGUUAUAGAGUUUAUUUAUUUAAAGUUGAUUUUAUAUUUUGUUUUGUUUUAGUUAAAGCAUUUCUGUGAUAAGGAGAGGACAAUGUUAUUGUUAAGUACUAUGUAACCAGAUUAUGAUAUCUAUUGUUUAGUGGCAGUAAUUCAGGACAUUGUAGAGUUAUAAUACCAUUAUAUGACAUCUAUUCAUUUCAUUUCCUUAGAGAAGUGCAUAAUACAUUAACCUGAUGGACAAACACAUUUAAAUAUUUAGAUUUAUUUUUAUGAUGUAUUGUUAUCUUAACAGAUUGAGAUAAAAAUAUCUCGGAACGUAGCUUUUACAAAAUUUAAUUAUAACCGUCCAGAUUUUUUACUAAAAUAAAGCAA